AUGGGAGUUCUAGGAAUGCAGAUGAUAAUAGACAGUGUUAUUUCAGCAGAAAUUCUUAAUCAACAGGAACACCCUGAGCUGUUUCAAAUUGUACGAUCAUGUAUGAUUCAUGUAGCAUGUGGACAUCUGAAUCCUAAUUCCAGAUGUAUGGAAGAUGGUGUUUGCACAAAACGUUUUCCAAAGAACUUCUUAGCAUCUACAUUAGCUGAAGGCAACGGAUAUCCAUUAUAUAGAUGUCGUGAUAAUGGUCAUGAUUGUGCCAAGAUUGUGAUCAAUGAACGUAUUGAUCAUGACAAGGUGCAGACAUUUUUAGAUGCACAGUAUGUCAGUGCACCGGAAGCAGUAUGGCGUAUUUUUGAAUUAAACAUGCACCAACAAUUUCAUGUUGUCCAUAGAUUGCCAGUGCACUUGCCAAAUAACCAUAUUGUUUAUUUUCAGCAAGAACAGGCUGAAGAGGCUCUGGACAGAGCUGCAGAUCAGGCUACAAAAUUAACAUCCUUGGUUUGUGUUAAAUGCAAAAAAUCAUGA